AUGUCUCCCAGUGCGCUCAAGGAACUAUACGGUCCUGAUGAGAUUCGAGACGAAACCUAUCUAGACAAGACUCGUAUUCUCAACGAAGCUAUUGCGGAGAUUGGUUGGGGGCGAUACCAAGUAUACCUUUUCCUCUGUGCUGGUUUUGGCUGGUUUGCGUUUGUCUUUGACCGUCUUCAACCCGUCUUGAACUCAAUAACUCGUGCAGAGACAGCGUUUGGCCCGUUCGUCUCUUUUUCUCUCGACGAUGUUCGCUUAUCGACAAAGCUCAUUACUGGUCUGAUUCUCUCACCUGUGGUCACUGAAUUCAACUUCAACGGACCAUUCCUGUCGCUGGCCGCUAAUGCUGGAUUACUGGUUGGCGCCAUUUUUUGGGGGGUCGGAUCCGAUAUUUGGGGCCGUCGAUGGUCUUUUAAUUUAACAUUACUAAUCGCGGGUGUGUUCGGUGUCGCCGCUGGAGGCUCAUCCAACUUUCUCCAACUUGCCUCUUUGCUUGCAUGUGUCGGCGUUGGCGUUGGCGGCAACCUCCCUGUGGAUUCCGCAGUCUUCCUUGGUACUCGCUCAUCAAUGUUCAAUGCCUUCCAGUCUCACGUUUUAGACUUGGUCCCCGCUCGAAACCAGUAUAUGUUGACUGUCCUUUCGGUUUGGUGGAGCCUUGGACAGUUGCUCAUCAGUCUGCUUGCAUGGCCCUUGAUUGCCAAUUUCACCUGCUCUGAACUACUAUGCCCAGCGAGAGACAAUAUGGGAUGGCGUUACCUGCUCUUCACUCUCGGGGCUCUCACGCUAGUAUUCUGUGCGGUUCGCGUUUGCAUUUUCAACUUGUUGGAAUCUCCUCGCUUUCUUAUCGGUAUCGGGAAAGAUCAACAAGCCGUUGAGGUCGUGCACCGUUUGGCCGCUUACAAUUCCACGACCACCAAUCUUCGUAUUGAUGAUUUGAAUGCUGUGGAGGAGAAGCAGACUCGGGAUCGACCUAUCAAUGGCAACAUCUACCUGCUUACUCAUAGUACUAUGGGGCGGUUAACUAGUCGAGGAGCGAAAUUCGGAGACGGUUCACUUUAUAUCACCUAUCGUAACCAGGUAAUCUUGAGCGCGAUUGGUGUUCCUGGGGCUAUCUUAGCAGGGUGGGCGGUACAACUCCCUUUUUUGGGGAGAAAAGGCACAUUCUCGGUGUCCUGCGGCAAGUCACGACCUAUUCAACCUUUUUUUUUGCUAAAAAGCGGAUGGAUGUUAGGGCUCACCGGCGUAUUCCUGUUUGCUACGACCACCGCACGAAGCUCCGUUCAACUUCUCGGGUGGAAUUGUGGUUAUGUUUUCUUCAGCAACAUAAUGUACGGCGUGCUUUAUGCCAUGUCCCCAGAGCUCUUCCCCGCCAAAGAUCGUGGGACUGGGAAUGCUCUGGUCUCAACAUCGACCCGUGUGUUUGGUGUCCUUGCACCUGUUAUUGCACUCUACGCCGAUGUUUCUACUGCUGUUCCAGUAUAUGUAUCAGGCUCAAUCUUGAUCUGUAUGGGGAUGGUAGCGUGGUUGCUCCCAUUUGACGCUCAGGGUCAUCAGUCUAUGUAA